CACAUCCGUUUUACCUCACAAAUCAACUUUUUUGUCUUCUGAACCUCAUGCAUGAAGAAAGAAUAUUAAAUUUUGCAUAAGGUAAAAUAUAUUUACGGCUCGUGUUACACUUACUAGAAAAUAAAAAACUAAGAAAAGAUUUAUACAGCGGAUGUUAUGGAGCCCCUUAUGAAAAAAAUCAAAAUUCGUUCGCUGAAUCCGCAUCUUGUGUGUUUGCUAUGUGCAGGCUACUUUGUGGACACAACAACUAUCGUGGAAUGUUUACACACGUUUUGCAAGAGUUGUAUCGUCCGGUACUUACAGACUCGAAAACAUUGUCCAGCUUGCGGUAUACUUAUACACGAAACGGAACCUCUUUCAAAGCUAAAACUGGACCGAACCAUGCAAGAUGUCGUAGCAAAACUUCUUCCACAUGUAGUCGAAGAUGAAAGAAAAAGAGAAGCAGAGUUCUACGCGAAAAUUAACAAUGUAAAAUUAAAAGAUAAACGAAAGGUUGUUGCUGCGAAGCCGGAUUAUGAUUUCUCAAACUUUUCAAAUUCGCAUCGUUAUGAUAACCAAAUAAAUAUAUGCUUGGAGUUGGAUAAAAAAUAUACAAAUAUUGGUGAAAUUGAGUUAAGUCCAUUACACGACAAAUACGUGCUUUGUUCAUCUCGAGCACAAAUUAUUCAUUUGAAAAAAAUUAUUCAAAGAUUUUAUGAACAAUUACAGACUACACACCAGUUGUUUCUAACUUGCGACGGAGUUUUUUUGAAUAGCGAUGAAAAUCUGCGACAAGUUUUUAUUAUUCACUGGAAGAGAAAGCCUCAACCGAUGAUACUUCACUAUAGCUUUAGAAGAAAUUCUUUAAAUGCAGAGGAUAUUGUUAGGAGCUUGCUGCAGAGUAUGGUUCAAGAUAUUGUGAAAUCUGAAAAUGAUACUGCUUUGAACUGGCAGAAGGAGAAGCAAGAACACAUUUCAAAUUCACAAAUUAAAUCUACUGUAAGGUAUAUGCCAGAGCAACAACUAGAUGACAAUGUUAGUACACAGAAGGAACAAACACAAACGAUAGAUGUCAGUGAGAUUAAUAUCUGGCAGAAACCAAGCCUAGUGGAAAGUGAUAUCCGGCAGGAACCAAUCCCAGAUGUAAAUGAUGGCCGGCAGAAGCCAGUUCCGGAUAGAAAUGACAUCAGGCCACAAAAGAAACAAGCUCCACAUAAAAAUGAUGUUAAUAUCCAGCAGGAAUCAGCCCCAGAUGGAAUUUAUAUUAAUACUCAGAAAAAAACAGCUCCGGAUGAAAAUGAUAUUAACACCCAGCAGAAGCCAGCCCCGAAUGCAAAUGACAAUAAAACGGAAAAGAAACAAAGGAUAGAUAACACACAUAAAGAACCCUCUCUAGAUAUAGCUAAAUCGAAACAACAAGAUGAAGACAUUAAAAUUGAAUCACGAGCAGUCAUUUCAGAGAUUAAUUUAACGGCAGAAUCAUUCGGAAUGAGGGUAAUAUUACCUACUUUGAGUGCUUCAAAUAAAAAACUGCUAAAGCAAAGCCGAAACAGUCAAAGUGUUGAUACAUGUUCACUAAACAGUUGUAACACUAAAGUUGCAAGUAUAGAAUGUGAGAAACAGAAAGUCCCACCAUCAAGUCGGUUAAAUAGUGUGAACAGUGAUACACCUGGACGUUUGAUGCAAGAAGGCCACAGUUCAAUUGAUAUAACAAAUGAAAUGAAAGCAAUUCAAGGGGAUCAUACAUCGUCCAAUUCAACUUUGAACAACCAGAGCUCGAACAUAAUAGGUAAUAAAAACCAAGAAAUCAAAGAAUCUACUAAAAUCGUGAAUGUUCUCCGUAAGAUACAAGUAAACCCUCCAUAAGAAGUGGCAAUACAAAACGGACCAGAAUAUGACAACAUCUAAAAAAGGAGGCCGCGUUUAACUUGCCUUUGUAGUUUGUUUACAUGAAUCCAAAUGAUGAUGAUGUUGCCAGAUGUUUUAUCUAUAUCAUAUUUUUGUAAAAUCAAGGAAAAUUUCAAGGGUAGUCGUUUCUUAAAUCGGGAACUAACAAUGUUAUCUUGUUGAAAAA